AUGUCCAUCACCAAGGGCCAUGUCGUAGAAGAAUCCGAGAACGUUCCAGGAAUUGUCGCUCCGAAGCAAUCCUUUGGCGCACGAGUCGGCGCACACUUCAAGCGAUUCUGGUGGGCGCAUCUGAUCUUCUUUGUGAUUUGCGUAUUGGUGAUCUCGCUCCCAGUCGUCUACGUCGCCUAUCCCAAGAUCGCUCAAGAUGCAGUCAACGACUCAACCCUCAAUAUAACAGAGAUGGUCAUCAGCAACCCAACACCCGAUUCCUUCCAGCUCAACCAGACCCAAGUGCUCGGCUCGAAGAGUCCGUAUCACCCCCACAUCUACGAGUUCGACGCGGCAGUCUCCCUCGCCGGCGCAGCGGCUCCGUUCACGACUGUUCGCGUGCCUGGUGUCAAAUCCGUUGAUGGUGUUCAAAUCCACGUGGACCAGAUGGUUGAUCUGAGCGACACUGCCGCCUUUGGGGAUUAUGCUACGGCUGUGAUGUUGAACGAGCAGGUUGAGUUGAAUAUCUAUGGAACUCCGGGAUUGAAACAGGGUGCUCUGCCCAAGACUACGGUUACCUAUAACAAGACUGUUGUUAUGAAGGGACUGAAUAAACUCGAGGGCUUUGCUGUUCCCGAUUUCCAUAUCCUGAUUCCCUCUGUGAAUGGCUACAACAUGAACGGAACUGUUUACAUUCCUAACCCGUCUGUCAUGACCAUUUCCAUGGGAAACCUAACCCUCAACCUAGCCGUCAACGGCAAAGCAAUGGGCCAGACCUACAUCAACGACCUAGUCCUGAAACCCGGAAACAACACCAUCCCCAUGCUAGCAAACGUGGACCAAGCCGCCAUCCUAACCAUGUUCGCCUCCACAAGCAACCCCUACAAAGACGGCAUCGUCCCCUUCACAAUCACCGGCAACUCCAGUGUGUACCACGGCAAGAACCUGGAAUACUUCACCGAGGCGCUUGCGGCGAACAAGUUGACUGUCAACCUGAAUGUUUACCAGGCGCUGAAGGAAGCCGGACUUGAUUUGUCGGGGAGUUCUUAA